CGUGCGCAACGCAAACACUCAGGCAGGCGCGAUGCUUCUGUUUAAAUAGUGCAGCUUGAUGCCGAGGGUCGCAGAGACACAUCUGAGACAGCAUGGAUAGAAACGGGGGCGAGCACGAGAACGUGGACGUGUUCGCGGUGAAAGGAGAUCUCCAGCACAGGGUGUUUGUUAACAAGAGUGUGACUCUGGAGAAAAUAAAGUGCUAUGGCUUCGACAUGGACUACACUCUCGCUGUAUACAAAUCUCCUGAAUAUGAAGGACUGUGUUUUGAGUUGCUGAGAGACAGACUGGUGUCCAUCGGAUAUCCGCACGAGCUGCUGCGCUACGUGUACGACCCUUCCUUCCCCACACGAGGUCUGGUGUAUGACUCGACCUAUGGGAAUCUGCUAAAAGUGGACUCGCACGGAAAUGUCCUGGUGUGCACUCACGGCUUUGUUUACAUGAGAGGAGUGGAGAUUCAGGAGUACUACCCCAAUGGAUUCAUCCAGAGAGAUGACACAGCGCGAUUCUACAUCCUCAACACACUCUUUAACCUCUCAGAGACUUACCUGUACGCAUGCCUCGUGGACUUCUUCACCAACACCUCCAGAUACCAGAACUGCCUUAAGGGAUUUAAGCACGGUGACCUUUUCAUGUCGUUCAAAAGCAUGUUUCAGGACGUGCGAGACGCAAUGAAUUACAUCCACGACACGGGAUCUCUGAAGGAGAGAACGCUGCAGGAUCUGGAGAAAUAUGUGUACCGGGAUCCUCGAAUUCCUGUACUGCUAACCCGCAUAAAGGAGGUUGCAAAGGUGUUCCUGGCUACCAACAGUGACUACAGCUACACUGAGGCCAUCAUGAGGUAUUUGUUAGAUUUUCCACAUGGCUCGAAGUAUCCGCAAAAGACAUGGCGGAUGUUUUUUGACCUGGUGGUGGUGGACACAAGGAAGCCGCUGUUUUUUGCCGGGGGGACGGUACUGAGACAGGUGGACACGAACACGGGGAAGUUGAAGAUAGGAACAUACACAGGACACCUGCAGCAUGGCACUGUCUACUCUGGAGGUUCCUCAGAUAUCAUCUGUGACUUGCUAGACGUGAAGGGGAAAGAGAUCCUGUAUGUAGGAGAUCACAUUUUCGGGGACAUUCUGAAGUCUAAGAAGCGUCAGGGAUGGAAAACCUUCCUGGUGGUGCCUGAGCUGACCAAGGAGCUGCAGGUGUGGACCGACAAACACGGAAUGUUUGAGGAGCUGAGGCAGCUUGAUAUUUACCUCGCUGAGCUUCAUAAGGAUUCAGACUUCGGAAAUGGAUCGGAUGCUAAUCUCAUCCAGAGUAAGAUAAAGACGGUGACGUACGGGAUGGAGCACUGUUAUGGAAAGAUGGGAAGUCUGUUACGCAGCGGCUCCACAAAAACCCUAUUUGCCAGCCAGCUGCUGCGAUACGCCGAUCUCUACGCUGCGUCCUGCCUCAACCUGUUACACUACCCCCUCAUCUACCUGUUCAGAGCGCCCUUCGUCCUGAUGCCCCAUGAGUCGGCUGUGGACCCUCACACCAAAGACAUACCCGGCCCGGAUCUCUCAACCAUCCUCCGAAACACAUCCAUCAAGACUUUAGACUAGUGUUCGUCGUCCCAGCUCUACAUUCAUCUUCUUUUUCUGCCUGAACAGGGGCGAUGUAAGUGUGAUGGUGAUAACUGUGGGCUGGAGAACUGUGAACAGAACAGGAGAACGCAGCCGUAACCACGGAGAUGUGAGCGGCGUUGCUUUUGUUUUUAUUUUAAUUAUUUCACUGUUAAACUCAAAGAUCCAACACAAUAAACUGCACUUUUCCAACUAGGAACAGAAAAAUGUUACUUUUGCUAAUUAAGCCUAUUUGGCGCGAACCUCUCAGCAUCUGUAACUCACCACUCCGGGAUGUUAUUAAUGACGAGCUGCAUUGUUGUAUGAAUUAAUCCCUGGAGCGCUUAAAUUCUGUUUCAAUGAGAGGAUUUUAACCCUUUGGUGAUCAAAGUAACAUUUAAAAUGUCACAUGAUGGAAGGUUCGGAUUAUUUUUCUAUAACAGCUCGAGCAAGAUUGACUUAAAUGAUUGAAUGAUUAACAAUUUUCUUUUAAUUAUUAUAAAAAUCUAUUUUUUUGUUUGUUUUUUAAAAAAAAGAGAAAUGUUGCAUUUAAUGUUACUGAAUGUUCUUAAGACGAGUCCUGAUCUCGAAGCUAGAUCUAGUUUUUUCCUCACAGCCUUUCUAUUUUUGUCUCUCUUGCAGUUCGAUAAAAAAAUUAAUAAAUUAAUAAAAUAAAUAAAAAAAAGCUUGACACGUUACUGAGAAAAACCUGAGGGAACAAAGUCCUGAUGGGAAACAUGAAUAUCACACGGCUCUGACACCGGAGACCCCUUCUAUGAAGUUCCAUGAAACUCCACCAUAUCACUUUUGCUACAGAAACAAUGAUUCAUUAAUAUAAUUUUUAUUCAUUCGUUUUUCCACCAUAACCACUGAUGGAGAAAAAUUACUCAACACCUUCUGAUCAUUCAGAUUUGAGAUAAAGGUUAUUUACGAAAACACACACACACCUGAAAAAAAAAAAAUCAAUGUUAACACAAUGUCAGAUAUUUAUGAUUACCAGAAUAGUGUAGUGUGACUAGCUGUUGUGGCUUGGGGUGUGUUACCAAAGAAACCAUUAAGACGACACACCUUCCUGUUGAAUGUCAUCAACGUAAAUGCUAAAAGAAAUUCUGACAUAGGGAGGUGAAGAACUGAUAAGCUCACAAUUGAUAUAAGUUGUGAGAGCACAAGCUCUCGAGGAAACGAGACUGCAGAGCAUUAGCUAGCUAAACAGUAAAGCUAAUGAUUUAGCAGUGUUUGCUAGCAUGUAGCAUGUUUAUACACACAGUGUCAAACCAGACAAAACACUGAAGAAUAACAAUCCCUCAGUUCAAAAUAUAAAAUAAUCCAGAAAAGACAGAAAGUACAAAAGCUCUGUAGUGAGAAAGAUCAGAAUUACGUCCAAAUUUCGAAGGUGUAAAUAAAUUGUAGACUUCUCGCUUUGUAAGGUUUAAACCUUACUAAAGACAACACCGUUACACAUUCAGCUUGCAGUAAAGUGGCAAAUCUUUCUCUUUCCCAAGUGAAAGAUGAAUAAAAUAAAAGUAGCACCUCAGUGACAGAAAACUACAAGUGAAUUAAUAAGAACGCAUCUCCCUUUGUGCAGUCGUUUAUUUUCAAUCUUUGCCGUGAUCGUCCUGAUGGAUCUUAGACGACUUCUCCGUCACAAUCGUAAUAGCCCCGAUUACACACAAAUUUCUUCCACGUUUUGCAGAGGUCACCUUUAACACGGUGUUCUUGGCAUGGAGGACGGAGGACGAGCCUCAGGUUCAGAUUGUUGUUUUUGUGAGUAAGUGUGAGGUGUGAGAGGUGUUUAUGAGAUUUAACAGAUUACAUCUUAACUCCCAGACAUGUCCAUCAAACCUUUCUGAAUCGUUGUAUGUACAUAUUCAGAGCUGCAUUCAUGAGAGUCAAGUAAUUUAGUGUUAGAGCUACAGAUUUAACAUUGUUUUAUUUUAUUUUAAAAUUGAAAAAAAAAUCCUGUCAGAAAUCUAACCAAAAAGUGUAUACGUAUAUUACUUUAAAUUAUAUAUCUGUAUAUUUCUGCCUGAGGCCUUAAAGACACUCCCACUCACAGCUGUUCUUUAUAUAUAUAUAUACACACACAUAUAUAGCUUUAAAGACGAGCUCAUAUUCCUAAAGCUUUGCCGGAAACCUUUUUUACCUCUUUGUAUAAUUUUCUACCUUUUUUUUUUUUUUGUACAUUUCUGUACAAACACUUCUUAUUUCUUAUGGCACAGUCUAAGCAACAGAUUUUUAUCUCACUGCAUAUAACUCUGUGUGUGUGUGUGUGUGUGUGUGUGUGUGUGUGUAUGUGCCUGUGCACGUGUGUGUGUGAGAUAAAAUCCUGAAUCUUGAAACCUGUCCAUUGCUUGAGCCGUUGCUUCUGAAAGUGACCACAGGUCUUUGAAACGCUUUAUAUAAAAGAAUAUUAAUAAUAAUAAUGAAUAUUAUUAUUAAGAGUCUCAGGAUUUUUUUUUAUGUUUAGAUGUGCGUCAUGCCACAUUUCAGAUAAUCUUAUGUUUAUUAAAACUAAAUUUACAACUUUA